ACAAGAUCAGAUAGCAGAUAUACUAAGAAAGUGGGAGACACAUGGAAGAGGAGAGACAGUCAACUGCCCACAACUCUAAAAUAAGCUGUGAGGAAUAUAUUUCUUGAUUGGACUGGACCGUACAGACCACGUGAGCCCUAUACACAUUUAAUAUGUGAUAGGUUUUAUCAAGUCUUUGUGCUGUUCCGAGGGUCAAAAUUCUGACUUCAGUGCUUCACUAAGGUCAUUUCCUACUUCCUGGUCUGUUUGUGUUCGACUGGAUACCAGCAGUCACUUUGGACGACUUGACAUUAGGAGUGACUGUGAUGCUCUCUUCACUGAGGGGAGAAAGAGAUGCGUUAAAACUAGGAGGCAGAGACAUGAAGGUACUCGCUGAUCACUUACUUUUCUGCCUCAGGAGGAUAGAGUGGCUCUGCCCAUAACAGAAAAGCACUGUUGAAGGAAGCCUGAGGAGAAACAUGCAGCAGUUUGGCUAGAAGACUAUGUGAGAUCUGGGGGGGAAAAGGAAAUUUCCAAAUCAACAUUUAUUGGAAAAACUUGCACACAAGGGGAUUCACACAGCCUCAUCACAGUACUCCUCUGAUGCUAAUAGUUGUAGCAGCUGGAAGAAACAGAAGAUAUGUCACAUAAAAUGGCAGGGCAUUGGAUUAGCGGGCUAUUUCUGUACCUUGCUGAUCAAAGAAGCAUGCAUUGUGUAUACCAGAGUCUACCAGAGUGGGAAAGAACAAGAGGAAACCAAAGUUGUGCCUCACCUCCCAGUUCCAGCUGACACUCCGUCUGUGUUGGACAGAGAGGUGCACUUCCUGUGAGCCUGGUCAGAUUCGUAUGAGACGGGCUGUGCCCCCUGAGGCAUGAGUGUGGGAAGGGCCCGCCACCACAACUUCCUGUCCUGUGAAGAAGAAGGCCUGAGACUAAGUGCCAUGCCUGCUGUGGGCAGCUUCGGCAAUGGCAAGAUUAACACGAGGCGCAAAUACCACAGUCGGUUUGUCUCCAAGAAUGGACAAUGCAACAUCCAGUUCUCAAACAUGGAUGAGAAGUCGCUGCGGUAUAUAUCUGACAUAUUCACAACUUGUGUGGACAUCCGCUGGCGAUACAUGUUCCUGCUGUUCAGUCUGGUUUUUGUGCUGUCCUGGCUAUUGUUUGGUUUUGCAUUCUGGGUCAUUGGUGUCAUACACGGUGACAUGAACAAUCCUGGAGCAGAUGACAGUUUUGUUCCUUGUGUCAUGAAGGUCAACACCUUUGUGGCAGCUUUCCUUUUCUCUAUUGAGACUCAGACAACCAUUGGGUACGGCGCUCGUUGUGUGACAGAGGAAUGUCCGGCUGCUGUCUUCAUGGUGGUCUUUCAGUCCAUCAUGGGUUGCAUCAUUGAUGCCUUCAUGAUUGGUGCUAUCAUGGCCAAGAUGGCACGGCCCAAAAAGCGUGCAGAGACUCUACUGUUCAGCCGCAAUGCAGUCGUUGCUAUGCGUGAUGGGAAGCUGUGCCUCAUGUUUAGGGUUGCUAAUUUAAGGAAGAGCCACAUUGUGGAAGCUCAUGUGCGAGCCCAGCUCGUCAAGCCCCGAUACACAGUGGAAGGCGAGUACAUUCCCCUGGAUCAGAUUGACAUGAAUGUAGGCUAUGACAAAGGCACAGACCGCCUGUUUCUGGUUGCACCCCUCACUGUCAUACAUGAGAUCGAUGAAGAAAGUCCUCUAUUUGGUAUCAGUAAGCAAGAUCUGGAAAUAUCUGACUUUGAGAUAGUAAUUAUUCUUGAAGGGUUAGUGGAGGCCACAGCCAUGACGACCCAGGCACGCAGCUCUUACUUGUCCUCAGAGAUCUUGUGGGGUCACCGCUUUGAGCCCCUCAUUUUUGAGGAGAAACACCAGUACAGGAUAGAUUAUGCCUACUUUCACAAAACAUAUGAAGUGCCAUCCACUCCAAGGUGCAGCGCCAAGGAUAUGGAGGAGCGACAAUUCUCAACAUCAGAUGCCAACUCCUUCUGCUAUGAGAAUGAGCUGGCCUUCAUCAGCAGGGAUGAGGAGGAGGGAGAGGAAGACAGGAAGUGUUCAUCAGAGAUGGUGAAUGAGCCGACCGCUCCUGGAGGUGAUGAAAUGUUCGCCUGUAAAGAAUCAGAGAUUUAACCUUUGGCUCUUGCUUGUUGUGUUUGUUUUUGGAUGCAGAGCAAAGCGAGCGUCAUGUGAACGGCCCUGUGACUGUCACUCUGCUGACACGAGAACACCACUGCAGGUGGAGGACCAGCAGCACUGAUCUCCAUCAUACAAGCAUGGAUGAAACUCAUCACAUUUCUCACUGGAUAAACUCUUUUGCUUUCCUGAGAUGGUUACUGAGCUUUACCAAAUACAAACAGAAACUGUCAUGGUUCACUCUCCAGAUCCUAGUAAAAAAAAGUGCAUGACAAUAACAUAGUUUUUUAUGAAUAGUUUGAGAAAUGCUUGGUCAUUUCAAUUAAACUGUUCACAGUCCUCCUACAUAUGAUUUACAGCUGAGUGUCGGGUGGACAGUUAACAAGCUCUUUCUGUAACAUCUGGACAGUCAUACUGUAACCCCUCAUAUAUUGGUAAUCAGAAACUUGACACAUAAUUCUGGAGGGCUCCCAUGGAGAAUAGAAGAGUCUAAUUAAAGAAAUGAAACCUUGUCACAUGCUGUCACAUGUCACAAUACUGUGUCACAUCUGUGCUUUGUAUUGAUUUGAAAGGCCAAAUCGAAAAAGAGCAAAAACACAAACCAACAAACUGACCAACAGGAAACUUUGACACACAGCACAACUGAGGAACUAUUGUAGAUCUCUUCAAGUGGUUGAGAGAUGCUAUAAAACCAGCAUAUUAAUGACCCCCCACCCCCUUUGUUUUGUUAGAAAGAUGUUUCAGAUGUUCAUGGGACAUCUUUGGUACAUUUAUAUGGUCUAUAAUCACUUAAUUUAAAAAAAUAAAACAUACAACAAAAGCCAAAUUUGAAGAAAUAAGAAAUAGGCCCUGGGUAGGGCAAUGACCCACAUGUGACUUUAAAGGCCCUCAGAGGUGUUGACGACUCCACAGUGGUUUAAGUCAGACCUGAAGAAGCUCCUUGGAUGAGAUGUGAAAUGUCUCCAAGACCCUCAAACAAGUCCUGCUGUCAACCAGCACUUUGGAUUUACUUUGACCUGGAUGACUGAGAAUCUCCAUAGACAAACGAGCCUGAAGAUUAAAUCCCUAUAAUUUUAAAAAAAGGACUAGAGAAAUCAAAGAUACACUAAGAAAACCUGUUAAAGUGAAUGAAGAACAACAGCCUAGCAGGCUUUCAGGACACAUCAGGUGUUUAUAUGAGACUGUGAGCGCCCUAGUUACACUCCGACCUCACGUUGUAGCACAUCACACGUAACUUAUUUUGCUGAAACCUCCAAAAAUCCUUGGGAAAAUGCAGUUUAUAUAUUAUUUGGUUCUAGCAUUGAGUCAUUUCAUAUAAUGUGAAACUUUUGGUUGUUUAAGUUGUUCUCUGUUUUACUUUCUUUCUUUUUUAGUAUGUAAUAGUACAAGUAAUAAAAAUAGCAGGCCAUCCCAGGUGAGGUGAAUUACUUUUCCCUCAACAUUUCUCAAACUAAAAGCUCCAUGUGGGUUAACAUUUGUACACCUGACUGCCAUUUCAGCAAAUUGAAAUAAGUUUGUAUUUAUAUCUUGCUGACUUGACUACCUGAAAGUAUCAGAAUAAGUUUGCUCCAGAAAACAAGUGGUGGUUCCACUGCCAAAUGCUCCAAGAGCAGGGCCAAGGACAUCAUGCAUGUAUAGUCCACUAAUUUGUACAUUUGUUAGGCCAUUACUGUAAAUAACCACUAAAUAAUAAUAAUACAUUAUUUAAAUCAGUGUUAAUGUCAUAGGUUUCUGAAGCAAAACGAGAAACUGGAACGACCCUGUUUGCUUGAUAGACUGGAAUAUGACUAUGACCUCCUGUUGUUGUCUUCCACUAAAUGUAUUUGAAGCACCUUGUUUUUUUCCUUGCAGGGUUUAGUUUGUUAUGUGAGACAACAAUUUAUAAAUUGA